AUGGAAGAAGCAUCCAAAGUAGAGAGCCUCAAGGCAAGCCAACGUCACCGUGCGGCCAGUCCGGCGCCAAAGGUCAAGUCCAACAAGGCCGAGGCGAAGGACAGCAAGGAAGUGAAGGCAUCCGCAUCGACAGCACACGUUAAGGUUGAAAGCGCAGGCGCACCGGAAUGGCUGGCGAUGGCAAAAUGGAUAACACUCCUGGUAACCACACAGCUGCUCAUGAUCAUCUUUGCGAAGAGGUGCACGAGCCAGGCUGGUCUUCCUCUGCUGCUGUGCCUGGCGCAGUUUGCAGUCUCCACGGUGCUCUCCGCCUCUGCAUGGGUCGCGCGUGCCCAAAGCGAGGUGACUAAGAGUGUGCCCAAGCUUCUGGCACCACGGGCUGUUUUGCUCGAUAUUGUCCCGCUCAGUGGUGUGUGGACAGGUGGUUUCGUGAUGUUUAAUGCAGCAGCCCUGUACAUGAGCCCUGGCAUGGUCAACGUCGUUCGUUGUAUGGAGCCCCUGGCGACGGUCUGUGUUGGAGCAGCCUUGGGUCAACGAUUUUCAUGGCAGGUGCUAGCCACGCUUGUGCCAAUCUGCGGUGGAGUUGCGAUGGCAUCGCUGACUGCUGGAAGCCUCUCCGCCACAGGCAUUUGUCUCGCCACCGUUUCAAACGUGGCGUUCUGCUGUCGGUCUUUUUGCCUGCAACGAUUGCGCCGCAACCCAGAGAACAAGCUAGAUGAUGUGGCCGUCUUCUUCAACGUCAGCUGGGCAGCGACUGUUGCGCUGCCUUUGCUUCAAAUUCCGCUGGAGGGCACGCAGGUGCUUCCGGCGCUGCAAGCCUUAGACGAGCCUCAGCGGUGGAUCUUCGCAGCGGAGAUGUUGAUGAGUAGCAUCUUCUUCUUCCUGUACCAGUUCGUCCAGCUGCUUGUUAUGACUCAGCUCAGCCCUUUGGCCUUCUCUGUUUUGACGCCAGUGGUCAAGGCUGCUGCCACGAUUGACAGAUGA